UGCCGCUGGGCCCCGCCCUCUCGGACAGGGCUUGCUAGCGCUUCCUGCUAUCGGUGAGCCCGAGGUCUGCGCAGUCGGUGAUGUCACCUGAGGGUCUGGGCCUAAACGUGACAGUCCCACGGUAUCCCGAAUAUUACGUUCAGGGCUCCCAGCAUCCCUCGGGGCUGUGACGUCACCCGGCCAGGUCAAGACCUCCUGCAUCCCUGGAUUCUAGCUAGGUACCCGAAGCCAGAAAAAUUAUCACGUGCCGCCAUGGGAACAGAACUCCUCUUGAGUGACCUGGACUCCAAAUUCUGUGCCGAUAAUCUUUUAACCAACGAGGACUGGGCUACAGGCCUGUACAGUUACAUUGAUGAGACGGACGAUAGCGGGGAUUUGCUUCCCUCCGGGUUUGAUAAUUACCCUUUGCAUUUGUAUGACAGCCAGAUGGAUGUUGAAUCAUAUUCCAUGUCUUCAACCUGGGAUGAAAUCCAGAGCAAGAAUUUGUCAGAUCUCUUAGUAAAGACCGAGCCAGCAUCUCCGUUCUCCUCGUCAUCUUGUGACUCCUCCUCCUCCUGUGAUGCACUUUAUGCACAAUCUCUGGAAGAUUUGGGAGCCACAGUGAAAGUUGAGUUCCCCCCUCCACAGCCAUGUCACAACCAAGAUGCAUCACUUCAAACCUGUGGCGCUCUCCAAAUAACCCUACUUCCUGUGCCUGCCGUGACAGCUUCAUCCGGAUGCCUCUCUAAGUCUAACAAUCUAGUUCCCAAGAAACCAGCUUUGCAACCAAGGCCUAGCCCAGGAACCAAACCUCCUCCACCCCAAAGCAACACGUCCCACGCCAUCAUCCUGCACCCUGUAAAUAACGCUUCUACCCCAGGACCUGCACCUGCACCAGCUCUCACAGCAUCACCACCUGUUCUGGUAUCACAACUUCUGACUGUACAGAAUGCAAGAUCCGGAACAUCUCCUGCUAAGCCAGAAGCCAAGACUAUUGUGCCGGCCCCGUGCUCCAGUAAAAGCAAUCCCCCUGACGUGGAUCCAAAGCUCUUAAAGAGACAGCAACGCAUGAUCAAAAACAGGGAGUCUGCAUGCCAGUCUCGGCGGAAGAAGAAGGAAUAUGUGCAGAGUCUGGAGGCGAGACUACAUGAAACAGAGAGGCAGCUAGAUAUUGCUCGCAGAGAGAACAGGGAACUAAGGGAGACCCUGCAACAUUUAAUCAGAGAGAACUCAACUCUACAAAGUUCAUCAGGCGGAAGGAAGGUUGUCUGUGUGAUGGUUGUCCUUGUGUUCAUUGCAUUCAACUUUGGGCCUACGAGUCUCAUCCGCAACAUAAAGGAUGAUAACGUGAGAAAUCCUGAGAUCUCCCAUCAUGCACGUCACUUACUGACUUAUAACGGGGGAGAAGAGCCACCUGAGCCGCAAAAGCCGAAGUUUUACCGUACACACACCACUUCUACCACAAGGAGCACUUUCCGUAACUCAAGUGGCUCACUAGCAAAUGUUAAGCAUCUGAUGGUUCGAGAUCUAGAUCAGCUCUUUCUCACGUCAGACUGUAGACACUUCAACCACACUGAAUCACUCAGGUUGGCAGAUGAACUCAGCUUGUGGGUGCGUCGACAUCAAAACGAACGGAAGACUGGAAAGCAAGCCACCAAAAAAACAAGAAGAGUCAAGAAGCCAUUAAUUAGGAAGGCUGUGUCCCUCUCAGACCUGGUUCCAGCUCAUACUUCUAGAUUCACUCAGAGGCUCCACACUGCUCCGUUACAGCUGUAUGGUCCCACAGAUCAAAGUGAUAACUUUCUCAUGGACGCCAUUGAAAGACGAGAAGAUACUUUCUACGUAGUGUCAUUCCGAAGGGAUCACCUUCUCCUUCCUGCUAUAAGUCACAAUAAGACCUCUCGCCCUAAGAUGUCCCUUGUAAUGCCAGCUAUGUCUGUAAAUGACACUGUAUCUAAUAAUUCCCGGGGAUACGAAACCAUGAUGCAGAUUGACUGCGAAGUUAUGGACACGCGUGUCAUCCAGAUCAAAUCAUCCACUGUGCCCCCAUCUCUGCGUACACCCCCUCAACAUCCCACGCCAGAGGGUGCCUCCCGUGGGAACCUCUCUCUAUACCUCCAGGACCAUACACCACCGGAAGAUGGGCAGAACUGAAAGAAGGGGAGUGAGUGAGAGUGGAAUGAGUGUGAGUGGAGUGUGAGUGUGAGAUUGCACGUGUUGUAUAAUGUAUAGAAGCAAACCAUAUUAAGUGUAAAGUACACAUGCAUAUCUUCAGAAAUAGAAUCAUGUAUGGAUUUUUAUAUGUGUAAAUAAUAAUAUGUAUAUAUAUGAGAGAAUAUAAGUAAUUAUGAGCACACAAACAGCUGACACACACACAUGUAUACACGCAGUGUAUCUGUGUGCCGAGACACGGAGAGCAUCUUUCUGUUUAUAUGUGUAUGUGUGUGUUUUAUUUAUAUUAUAUAUAAUAGCUACACAUACAUAUAUGUACAUAUAUUCAGAUCAGAAUCCAUAUGACUUGGAUGGGUAUAUAUAUGUGUAUAUUCAUAUGUUUGUGUGCGCGUUUUCUUCAUUUUUUAUGUUUUUAAAGGGAAAUUAAAUGGCAGUCCGGGGCAGGCAUGUAGUGUUUCUUCUUGCUUUGCUUAGAGGGAAACCGCACUUCGGGAUGGGUAGCAACGCGUGGAAUAGGCCCUUCUGAGUACUUGUAGAGGGCAGUUGUCUAUUCAUGUACAGAUAUUACAAACCCCACUGGGCUGCAGGUCAGUUUGUGCGAUGCGUAGAAGAGUGUAUAGGAAUCGUGUGCAGUAUCGUGAACUUGUGUUAGAUGCAGUCAUUUGUAUUUUGGUUAAGAUAAAAACAUUUUUUAUAAUAAAUAUUUGAAAAAUG